CCCUCCGAGGCGCCGUAGCGCGGGAGGGAGGCGGUGGCGCUGUGGUCCGUGGGUUCGCCGGUCCGUGGGUCUGCCCGGCCGCCCGGCCCCGCCCUGCCCCCCGGGGCGGCUCGGCUCCAUGGCCCGCGGCGGCGGCGGCGGCGGCGGCGGCGGGAGGCUACCUGGGGGCCGCGGUGGCCGCUGACCGGGCGGCGGGAGGCGGCGGGGCCGGGCCAUGGGGGACGGAACCGUCCGCAGCCGCCGGAGCCGGGAGCCCUGCCCAAGCCGGAGCGGCGUCCCCUGCUGAGCCCCGAGCGCCGGGUGAGAGGAGGGUGCGCGCAGCCCCCACCCAGGGCCCCGAGAUUCCAGACCCGGCCCCGCGAAGGGCACCCCGAGCGCGACCCCCAGAUUCCAACCCAGGAGCUGGCCGGCAGCCCGAUGCCCGGGCCCACUGGGCGGGCCAGCGGCCGCCUGCGGGAUGAGCAGACUGCUGGGGGGAACGCUGGAGCGCGUCUGCAAGGCUGUGCUCCUUCUCUGCCUGCUGCACUUCCUCGUGGCCGUCAUCCUCUACUUUGACGUCUACGCCCAGCAUCUGGCUUUCUUCAGCCGCUUCAGUGCCCGAGGCCCUGCCCGUGCCCUCCACCCAGCUGCCAGCAGCAGCAGCAACUGCUCCCGGCCCAACGCCACCGCCCCUAGCUCCGGGCUCCCUGAGGUCCCCAGUGCCCGGCCCGGUCCCACGGUUCCCGUGCUGCCACCCUGUCCUGACUCACCACCUGGUCUUGUGGGCAGACUGCUGAUCGAGUUCACCUCACCCAUGCCCCUGGAACGGGUGCAGAGGGAGAACCCAGGCGUGCUCAUGGGCGGCCGAUACACACCGCCCGACUGCACCCCGGCCCAGACGGUGGCGGUCAUCAUCCCCUUUAGACACCGGGAGCACCACCUGCGCUACUGGCUCCAUUAUCUACACCCCAUCUUGAGGCGGCAGCGGCUGCGCUAUGGCGUCUAUGUCAUCAACCAGCAUGGUGAGGACACCUUCAACCGGGCCAAGCUGCUCAACGUGGGCUUUCUAGAGGCACUGAAGGAGGACGCCACCUAUGACUGCUUCAUCUUCAGCGAUGUGGACCUGGUCCCCAUGGAUGACCGCAACCUAUACCGCUGUGGUGACCAGCCCCGCCACUUUGCCAUUGCCAUGGACAAGUUUGGCUUCCGGCUGCCCUAUGCUGGCUACUUUGGAGGUGUGUCAGGCCUGAGUAAGGCUCAGUUUCUGAGAAUCAAUGGCUUCCCCAAUGAGUACUGGGGCUGGGGUGGCGAGGAUGAUGACAUCUUCAACCGGAUCUCCCUGACUGGGAUGAAGAUCUCACGCCCAGACAUCCGGAUUGGCCGCUACCGCAUGAUCAAGCACGACCGCGACAAGCAUAACGAACCCAACCCUCAGAGGUUUACCAAGAUUCAAAACACGAAGCUGACCAUGAAGCGGGAUGGCAUUGGGUCCGUGCGGUACCAGGUUUUGGAGGUGUCUCGGCAACCACUCUUCACCAAUAUCACAGUGGACAUUGGGCGGCCCCCGUCAUGGCCCCCUCGGGGCUGACACCAAUGGACAGAGGCUCUUGGUGCCGAGGAUUGCCUGCCAGAGGACUGACCACAGCCUGGCUGGCAGCUGCUCUGUGGAGGACCUCCAGGACUGAGACUGUGGGCUCUGUUUUCUGAGGGUCUUCAGUAGGCCUCCUAGCUACACCUGGAAGUUUCAGAACCCACUUUGAGGGGCCUCCUGCCUGGGCAGGCUCUUCAAGUGUGGCCCUCUUUGGAGUCAACCCUCCUUCCUGAUCCCCUCCCCCUAGCCCAGCCCCAGUCACUGUCAGGGUCGGGCCAGCCCCUGCACUGCCUCGCGGAGUGGCCUGGGCUAGGUCACUCUACCUCUCUGUGCCUCAGUUUCCCCCCCUUGAGUCCCCUAGGGCCUGGAAGGGUGGGAGGUAUGUCUAGGGGGCAGUGUCUCUUCCAGGGGGAAUUCUCAGAUCUUGGGAACCCCCUUGCUCCCAGGGGAGGGGAAACCUUUUUCAUUCAACAUUGCAGGGGGCAAGCUUUGGUGCGCCCCCUGAUGAGGAGCAGCCCCAGGAGGGGACCAGAGGGGAUGCUGUGUCGCUGCCUGGGAUCUUGGGUUUGGCCUUUGCAUGGGAGGCGUGUGGGGCUUGGAUCAGUAAGUCUGGUUCCCGCCUCCCUGUCUCAGAGAGGAGGCAGGAGCCCCAGGGCCGGCUCAUGUUUGUACAUUGCACAGAAACUUGUGUGGGUGCUUUAGUAAAAAACGUGAAUGGAGCA